CUUUACGACACUGUCGUGCUCGGUCGGCUCCGGCCGUAAAGGAGGCACGAGUCGUCCAGGCCAAGGCCGCGGACCGAGUUGCCAUGGCCGACAUGGAAGAUCUCUUCGGGAGCGAAGCGGAGAGCGAGGCGGAGCGCAAAGAUUCUGAUUCUGGGUCUGAUUCCGACUCCGAUCAGGAGAACGGUGUUUCUGGCAGCAACGCCUCUGGCAGCGAAAGUGACCAAGAUGACAGAGGGGAUUCUGGACAGCCCAGCAACAAGGAACUGUUCGGAGAUGACAGCGAGGAGGAGGGAGCCUCCCAUCACAGUGGUAGUGACAAUCACUCGGAACAGUCAGAUAACAGGUCAGAGGCUUCUGAGCGAUCUGACCAUGAGGAUAAUGAGCCCUCUGAUGUAGAUCAGCACAGCGGAUCUGAAGCCCACAAUGAUGAGGAUGAUGAGGGUCACAGAUCAGAUGAGGGGAGCCAUCGUUCAGAAGCAGAAGGUUCUGAAAAAGCACAGUCAGAUGAUGAAAAGUGGGACAGAGAAGAUAAGAGCGACCAGUCAGACGAUGAAAAGAUGCAGAACUCUGAGGACGAUGAGGAGGAGCGGGAGCAAGGGUCUGAUGAAGACAAGCUGCAGAACUCCGAUGACGACGACGACGAUGAUGAGGAGGAGAAGAUGCAGAACUCAGAGGAUGAGGACCGGGCCCAGCUUUCAGAUGAUGACAGACAACAGCUGUCUGAGGAGGAAAAGGGGAAUUCUGAUGACGAGCAUCCUGCAGCUUCUGAUAAUGACGAUGAGAAGCAGAAUUCGGACGAUGAGGACCGGCCACAGGUGUCCGAUGAGGAGAAAAUGCAGAACUCUGAUGAUGAAAGGCCACAAGUUUCAGAUGAAGAUCGAAGGCAUUCCGAUGAUGAUGAGGAGCAGGACCAGAAGUCAGAAUCUGCAAGGGGCAGCGACAGCGAAGAUGAGGUUUUACGAAUGAAGCGCAAGAACGCCAUUCCGUCCGACUCCGAAGCCGACAGCGACACCGAGGUGCCCAAAGAUAACAAUGGAACCAUGGACCUGUUCGGCGGUGCAGAUGACAUAUCUUCAGGGAGUGAUGGAGAAGACAAGCCCCCUACUCCAGGACAGCCUGUGGAUGAAAACGGCCUGCCUCAGGAUCAGCAGGAGGAGGAGCCAAUACCUGAGACCAGAAUAGAAGUAGAAAUCCCCAAAGUAAACACUGACUUAGGAAACGACUUAUAUUUUGUUAAACUGCCCAAUUUCCUCAGUGUAGAGCCCAGGCCUUUUGAUCCUCAGUAUUAUGAAGAUGAAUUUGAAGAUGAAGAGAUGCUGGAUGAAGAAGGGAGAACCAGGUUGAAACUGAAGGUGGAAAACACAAUAAGAUGGAGGGUGCGCCGAGAUGAGGAGGGAAAUGAAGUGAAAGAGAGCAAUGCUCGGAUAGUCAAGUGGUCGGAUGGAAGCAUGUCCCUGCAUUUAGGGAAUGAAGUGUUCGAUGUGUACAAAGCCCCACUGCAGGGUGACCACAACCAUCUUUUCAUAAGACAAGGGACUGGGCUGCAGGGACAGGCAGUCUUUAAAACGAAGCUCACCUUCAGGCCUCACUCCACAGACAGUGCCACACACAGGAAGAUGACCCUGUCACUUGCAGAUAGGUGUUCAAAGACACAGAAGAUCAGAAUCUUACCAAUGGCUGGUCGUGACCCUGAGUGCCAGCGCACAGAGAUGAUUAAGAAAGAAGAAGAGCGCCUGAGGGCCUCCAUCAGGAGGGAGUCUCAGCAGCGCCGCAUGAGAGAGAAGCAGCACCAGCGAGGGCUGAGCGCCAGCUACCUGGAGCCUGACCGAUACGACGAGGAGGAGGAAGGCGAGGAGUCCAUCAGCCUGGCAGCCAUUAAAAACCGAUACAAAGGGGGCAUUCGGGAGGAACGCGCUAGAAUCUACUCCUCAGACAGCGAUGAGGGCUCAGAAGAAGACAAGGCGCAAAGAUUACUCAAAGCGAAGAAACUCAACAGUGAUGAGGAAGGUGAAUCUUCUGGAAAGAGGAAAGCCGAAGAUGAUGAUAAAGCCAAUAAAAAGCACAAGAAGUAUGUGAUCAGUGAUGAAGAGGAAGAAGAUGACUGAAGUACAGACUGUGACUGCAUUUUAUAUAUUUAUUGUACAGCUUGUCUAUAAAUAUGAUGUAAACAUGAGUUAUUUUCAUUGAGA